UUAUUUAUUUAGGCGCAUUCACUCACAGCCGAGCAAAGAGAAUGAACACGCCCACGCUGCCAGCGCGUUGACCAGCUCGGUGCCGAUCCCGCACGCCAUCGUGACCGGGAAGAGGCCGCGCGAGAGCGCCAGCGGCACACCGAGCCAGGAGAGCAGGCUGACCGCCCACGCGUGGUUGGGGAAGAGGCCUCUACCGACGGGCACGAUGGGCGCGCCGAGCCGGAAGCGCGCGCCGACGUAGGCCCGCACGGCCGGCCACGCGGCGGCGGGCACGAGGGCCACGUAGUCGGUCGCGGCGAUGCCGUCCACGUAGUAGGUGCCUCCGCGCACAAAGGGGUGGUACGCGCCGCGCGCCUGCACCGCCUCGAUGCGCGUGACGGCGGCUCCUCCUCGCGGCGUCUGCAGCACGUCGCCCAGCCGCACGUCGAGCGGGUCGGCGGAGGCGCCGUUGACGAGGAGGUGGUGCAGCUUGCUGAUGGAGACCGCCUCGCCGCUCGACGUCGAGAAGCGGAGGUACGUCGCCGGCGAGUCCUCGGCGUGCAGGUAGCCGAGGAUGGGCUCGAAGCCGGUGGGCGUGCGGAUGAGGGUUCCGACGGGGGCGGUCUCGAUGGGCAGCCUCGCGCCGCCCUCCCCCUCCAGGGUCGAUCCCGCCUAUGGUGAGAGAUGGGGAGAGAGUGGCGAGAGACGGGGAGAGGAAGAGGCGCCUCCUCGGCGGCGAGUCCGCCGGGUGGCAGCCCCCCACCUCCGUCACAGGGUGUGGCUCCCAGCCCGGCACACACGGCCCGGCGCCCACUUGCGAGCAGGUGAGCGCGCACGCGGCGCCGAGGGGCGAGGCGGGGGAGAGGCCGUCAGCGAGGGGCAGCCCUUCCCAUGGGGCGGCGGCGGAGGAGGAGGAGUUUGUGGCCCUCGCGUCGAACCGGUUGUCGGCCAGCCUCCUCCGCCUCCGCCCCAGGAGAGCCUGCCGCACUCCCUGCCACACUCCAGCGAGCGGGGAGGGGGGCACGACCCCCAGCGCCGCCCCGCCGCCAUGGUCGCCGAGAGCAGCGCUCUGGAGGUCGGCCUCGAGGAGCUGGACGGCGAGAGAGAGGUUGGCGGAGCAGAGAGCAGCGCGCGGCACGGCGAGCUCGGCGGCCCAAUGCUCGAUUGCCGACUCGCCUAUG